AGAGAAAUCCCUUGCGAAUUGCGCCUCUUUAAAAAGCCUAGCACCACAAAACCCUAAACCCUUACUUACAGACCUCUAUUACAGUCUUUACGUCCUUCUCUACCUCCAACCCAAAUUAAACUGGUAGAUUUCUUCACUUAUGGCUACAGCAGCUCUCAUCCGCUCUCUACGACGCCGUGACGUCGCCUCCGCUCCUCUUUCAGCCUACAGAUGCAUAAUGAUUGCAAAAUUGGUGGUUUUCUUACGAAUCCAUAGUUGCGCUUUGUCUGACUCAUUAAAAGCUGUUUGAGAAUUGAGGUUGAGAUUGUGAAAUGGCUGAGUUUUGGUGUUCAUCUGUUGUGCAGUUGACUAAUAAUGUGAAGCCAUCGUGGGCUCCUUCUAAUUUCAGCCAAAAUUGGGCUGGUUUGUCCAGAGCUUUCAGUGCAAAACCUGCAGGUGGAGAUGUUAUUGGUGUUGAUUUGGGCACCACAAAUUCAUGUGUUGCUGUUAUGGAAGGGAAGAAUCCCAAAGUCAUUGAGAAUGCUGAAGGGUCUAGGACAACCCCUUCAGUUGUUGCCUUCACCCCAAAGGGAGAGUUGCUUGUGGGCACUCCAGCAAAACGUCAGGCUGUGACUAAUCCAAGCAAUACAGUUUUUGGAACUAAGCGUUUGAUUGGUAGGAAGUUUGAUGAUCCUCAAACACAAAAGGAGAUGAAAAUGGUUCCAUAUAAGAUAGUCAGGGCUCCAAAUGGUGAUGCAUGGGUUGAAGCCAAUGGGCAGCAAUAUUCACCUAGCCAAAUUGGGGCCUUUAUUCUGACCAAGAUGAAAGAAACUGCAGAAGCAUAUCUUGGAAAAGGAAUUACAAAAGCUGUGAUCACUGUGCCAGCCUAUUUCAAUGAUGCUCAAAGACAAGCUACAAAGGAUGCUGGAAGAAUUGCUGGCCUUGAUGUGCAGAGAAUCAUCAAUGAACCUACAGCAGCAGCACUUUCCUAUGGUAUGAACAACAAAGAGGGUCUCAUUGCAGUUUUCGACCUUGGUGGUGGGACUUUCGAUGUUUCUAUCUUAGAGAUCUCAAAUGGUGUUUUUGAGGUUAAAGCUACAAAUGGUGACACAUUCUUGGGAGGAGAGGACUUUGACAACACCCUUUUAGAGUAUUUGGUCGAUGAAUUUAAGAGAACUGAGGGAAUUGAUCUUUCAAAAGACAAGCUUGCCUUGCAGAGGCUCCGUGAAGCAGCAGAAAAGGCUAAGAUAGAGCUCUCAUCAACAACUCAGACUGAAAUCAACUUGCCGUUCAUCACGGCUGAUUCGUCAGGUGCUAAACAUUUGAAUAUCACACUGACCAGAUCCAAAUUUGAAAGCUUGGUGAAUCACUUGAUUGAAAGGACCAGGAUCCCAUGCAAGAACUGUUUGAAGGAUGCUGGCAUAUCCACCAAGGAAGUUGACGAGGUUCUUCUUGUUGGAGGGAUGACUCGUGUGCCCAAGGUUCAGGAUAUAGUAGCUGAGAUCUUUGGAAAGAGCCCUAGCAAGGGAGUAAACCCAGACGAGGCAGUGGCUAUGGGAGCUGCACUUCAGGGUGGGAUUUUACGUGGAGAUGUCAAAGAAUUGCUUCUCCUUGAUGUCACUCCCUUGUCACUUGGUAUAGAGACACUUGGUGGCAUCUUCACCAGGUUGAUCAGCAGGAACACGACAAUUCCUACAAAGAAGUCUCAGGCUUUCUCCACAGCUGCUGACAACCAGACUCAGGUUGGUAUCAAGGUGCUACAAGGUGAGCGUGAAAUGGCAUCUGACAACAAGCUAUUGGGAGAAUUUGAUCUUGUCGGUAUUCCACCAGCUCCCAGGGGCAUGCCUCAGAUUGAGGUGACCUUUGAUAUUGAUGCCAAUGGUAUUGUUACUGUCUCUGCCAAGGACAAAACCACUGGCAAAGAACAGCAGAUCACCAUCCGUUCAUCAGGAGGUCUUUCAGAAGAUGAGAUUGAGAAGAUGGUCAAGGAGGCUGAACAGUUUGCUCAGAAGGAUCAGGAGAGAAAGGCCUUGAUUGAUAUAAAAAAUAGUGCAGACACCACUAUCUACAGCGUAGAGAAAAGCCUUAAUGAGUACAGGGAGAAGAUUCCCUCUGAAAUCUCGAAGGAGAUUGAAGAUGCUGUUGCAGAUUUGAGGAAGGCAAUGGGCGGAGACAGCGUUGAUGAUAUCAAAUCCAAACUAGACGCCGCAAACAAAGCAGUUUCAAAGAUUGGAGAGCACAUGUCCAAGGGCAGCAGUGGUGGAGGUGAUGGUGCUUCUGGAGGAGGUUCACAGGGUGGUGACCAGACUCCCGAGGCUGACUUCGAGGAGGUGAAGAAGUGAGGGGUUAACUUCGGUUGCUGUCAUUUUUGACAUGGCUUACAGUCAUAUUUGAAAGAAGAUCCUUUUUAAUUAUAUAUGCACUUAGGAUGUACGUUUCCUAGCGAUUUUGUAUCUAAAUGGCGAGGUUAAAUUGAAUGUAUUAUUUUUGUUCAUUUGAAAACCGCCUAUGGAGGCCGAGGCCGAGGCCCUUUUAAUUAUAUCAAUAACCAAAUUUUUCUGGGAGGA